AUGGGUGACAAGGUUGACCCCUCUGCCGCCGCCACCAAACUAAGCACCCUACACCCAGCUUAUUCCGUCACAAAUAUCCAGUCCAAGAGUCGUACCUUGGAUGGGACCACGGUGACUUAUUCCUCGUGGGUCCAGCUGUUCCAGCUUCAUGUUGUUGCGUACAAGGUUGCCGAUCACAUUGAUGGCACUCCCCCUCCACCCAAGGCCGAACCUUUAUAUGCUCAAUGGAAAGAGCUUGAUGCCCUUUUCCUGCAGUGGAUACUAAGCACUGUUUCGGACAACAUCCUGCCACGGAACCUGCCCAAUACAAUUUCGGCUAAACAGGCUUGGGAUAAACUUGAAAAGAUUUACCUCAGCAAUAAGAAAGCCCGGGCAGCCGCACUCGAAACUCGUUUCUGCAAUCUGUCCCUAUCAGCUUGUGCAUCCCUGGAUGAUUACUGUCAACAAUUGCAGAACCUUGUAACUCAACUUGCAGAUGUCGAUCACCCCGUCACCAAUUCCCAAUUAGUCUUACAACUGGUUCGCGGUCUUCCUGCUUAG